CACCCGCCCUUCUUCCUUGUUCGUAGUGCAGGGCCACUCGCUGGGCUCUGUCAGUUUUCAAGCUGAGCAGCAGCUUGGAUAUUACCUACCCUCCCUCCACAGCAGCAGGAUUUUGCUCUGGCUCGGCUGAAGCUUCCCCACACAUAAGAGGGAAAGGGGUGGGGAAGCAAGACUGACCCGAGGACACCUCUCUCUUGCAGGACAUGGAGCAUGAAAUUAUAAAAGAACUCAAAACCCAACAAGCAGGCAGCAAGAUGAAUAGGCCAGCAGAGACCAACUCAGAGGUGGACAAGUCAGCUUCACCCUCAGUGGCUCAGCUAGCAGGGAAGUUCAAAGAACAAGCAGCCAAUAUCCCUGGAAAAGAGGUACCACCACAUAAGCCAGCUCGGAGGAAACCACCAUGCUCCCUUCCAUUGUAUUCCCACAAAACUGAGACAAGUGAUAAUGAUGAGCAAAAGCGGUCUCCAAAUGCUUGCCCUGUUCCCAAGGUCAAAGUGAAAAGCUCUCCUAUGAUUGAAAAGCUGCAGGCCAAUCUGGUUUUUGCUCCAGCUGCUCUGCUGCCGGGAGCAUCUCCCAAAAGCCCUGGUCUGAAAGCCCUGGUUUCUCCGUUCAGCACCCCUCCCUCAACGCCCAGCAGCCCAGGGGUUCAGUCCCAGCCUGGUGAAGUGCAGGAGACACCCGUCAGCUUUGAUCAACCACCAGAAGGCACUCAGCUGCAAUUCUACAACAAGGUGCGGACGAGGGGAUCAAUAAAGCGCAGGCCUCCCUCCAGGAGGUUCCGAAGAUCUCUGUCUGAGUAUGGAGAAGUGGAAGAUUUAGGGGUCAUCAUCUCCUCUCCAGAAAAUGGUGCCAAGGAAGAUGAAGAUGAGGUGUUUGGGCCCAAGGGCAAGACACAGGAGGUAGAAACAGAGAGCAAAGAGGAAAAGAAACAGAUGGGGUCUGAUGAGAAGUCCCCCUCAAGGGAAGGAUCCAGGAGAUCAGAAGAUGAAGAAAAAGGAGAAAAACAGGCAGAGGAAACGACUCCUUGCAAGAGUAACACAGGGGAUAGAAAGGAGAAGGAGGAGGUGUGUCAAGGGUCCUCAGGGGAGAGCUCUCCCCAGCUUCCCUCUGAAGACAAGGAGGAGAGGGUGUGUGAGGGUCCCCAGGGAGAAGAGCAGCAAGGAGGUGGCUGUGACCAGGAAAAGGAGGACAAGGAAAAGGAAGAAGCUGAAACUAAAGCUGAAGCCGAAGUGAAGGAGACCAGUGAGAGCACAGAUGCACAGAGAACAUCAGACACUGAAGAAACACCACUGGCACCCCAACCACUGCAGGACACAGUGGGUUUAGAGACUGACAGUGAGCCUUCAAUGUCAGCCAUGCAAGACCAGAACACAGCUUAACUGUGACACACAGGUAAGAUGGGUCAGCUCCUAAAAUAUUAGAGGGUUUUGCUUACUAAUGAAGAUGGCAACUGUGACAGAACACACCAACAUUUCUGCUGCUUCCCACACCUCAAGAGGGUCAAAUCUCAGGCCUGUGGAGGCUGCAAGGCAGAUAUUUAAAACAACCAGCCCUCCUGGGGUGUUACAGAGGGAGAGGAUGGAAAAACAAAGCUGAUUGGGGCUUCGGUAAAACAGAAGGACUCUGCUCAUUAGGAACCCUGUCCAAUUGCUCUUUUGAAAGCAAUUUGAAAAUAUUUACAGUACAAAGCACUUUUCCCCAGCAGUAACCAUGUAUAUACUAUAUCAAUAUGCCUCCUUGCAUAUACACAUUUAUAUACAUGUAUGCACAUGUUGUAUAUAUACAUGCAUACAAAUAUAUUCUCUCCAUUUGUGUUUAGCUUGUUAGCUUUGCCAGCAAAAAGUGUUUCCACACAUACCAGCUUCAUGAUCUGCCCUGGAAGCAUGCAAACACAGCCAUUUGCCACUUGAAAUAAAAGAGGAUUUCUACUGGCUAAAGCAGGGUUUGUUCCAUGUAGCUUCUUAUGUAUUCUUUAACCAAUGAUAACGUAGUUGCAGAUGCCCAAGCAAGAAUCUCAUUCCACCUCAACCACCUGUCUCCUCUUCUAAUGCCUCUUUGGCUUGGCAUGGUGCAACUGAAGGAAGCAGGCUGGUGCUCAGGCUGCAGCUUGCCUUUUUGUCCUAGCAUGGAAAUUACCCAAGUACCCCCAGGUCACAGGCUAGCCAGGAAUGUAUUUACUCAGACCCAUGAUUAUUUUUCAUCAUUUCCUUACUUUUCUCCUCCAAAAGGACAUACCAAAUCAGGGCACAGGAGACAACACCUGAAUAGGAGCCAUCUAACACAAUCAAGGUGGAAGCUACUAGAAAACCCUAAGUGGCAGAAGAGGAGCAGAAUAUGGAUAUCCCCUGAGGUCCAGACUCAUCCUGGAGCUGAGUGGCUGCUCCCUGGCUCUCUGCUUUGCACCAUCAUCUUUUGGAACAGUCAGAACAAGAGACUGGCUUGCAGUCACUUCAAAGUUUAAAAUUGGGGUGCUGGCUGAUGUUCCUAAGUAAUACUCAAGCACUGAGAGACCUGAUAGGUGCUGUACUGGAGCUGACAGCCACUACCACUCCUAGGCCCUCUUCUCCCUUGUCCAACUCCAAAAUGUCCUUCUCAUCUCCCCUGCACUGGUCUUAGACAAAGUCAAUCAAUUACACAUGUACAUGGAUGGUGAAUUUUUGAUAGCUUCUUUUGAAAUACUUUGUGUUUUCAAAUUUCAGUAAAGAAUGUUUUAACAGUAGGAAAAAAAAUGCUUCCUCCAUAUAUGCUGUAUUGCAGACAAUGUGAAACCUAAACAUGGGGAAAACUCUUAGGACAUUGUUCAUAAAGCACAAAAUCACUUUGAAGUGUGAGUUGAGCUGUGAAAUCAGCUGAUCUGUGAAACAGCUAGCCAUGGUGGGCUGUGUGCUUCAACUUUAUGGUGUUUUUGGUGCUGGUGGAAAGUAACAAACAUCAGAUUUGAUGUACAGAAAAGAUGUCCUGCAUAGGUCAAUAGGGCAGAUUUUCUUAUCUGGCUCUGUGUUCCAGUCUAGAUUUGGAUUUAGAAGUGCCACCUGUCCAUCAGUCUUUCAUCGCUUCCAGACCCUAUCCAGCCUUCUAAUUCCUUUUCAAAAUUAUUUUUUGUGUGGCCACCAAGUGGCACUCAUGAACAGUGGCUUACUGGAAACAGCUAAUUCAUUUUAUGUAUGUCAAAAAACAGGUCUCAGAUGGCUGAUUUUCCAGUCAUAUGGCCUGAGUGUAUAUGAAUUGGCUAAGGACAGACAGCUAGUCCCUCCUGAGUUUUUGGACUAGUUUUGCAUUGACUCUUGGGGUAAUAGUUAAGUCAUGGAUCUGGUAGCUGCAAAACAAAAAAUACUUUUCCAUCUGGAGAGUAUUUGUUAGCCAUAAAAAA